UCACAGUUUAACACGUCAGCGUCAUCCCCUCCCUCUCCUCUUCUCCUCCCCACCCCUGUGCAGAGCGGAGCGGAGCAUCCAUCAUGCUGCACGGGCACGGCAAGCCCCGCCUCCAGCCCCAGCCCCGCCCUCCGGCUGCCCCCUUCCCCGCGCCACCGCCAUUCUCGCCGGCCACCGCCACCUCCUCCACUUCCUGGCGCAACCACCACACCCUCCACUCGGCCAUUUCUCCCGCCCCACCACUCUCUACUACCCACGAAGACGAUGACGCCCUCCUUGCUCUCCUCCGCGCCGGAGAAACGGACGCCGCCUACCGCCUCUUCGCCGCCUCCCCCUCCCUCCCCGAGUCCCCCACCGCGGCCUCCCGCCUCCUCGCGCAGCUCUCCUACAGGUCCACGUCCUCCCACACCUUCUCCCGCGCCGCGGGCCUGCUGCACCGCCUCCGCGCCCAGGGCGGCCUCAAACUCCUCGACGCCAACUCCCUCUCCCUCGCCGCCUCCGCCGCGGCCCGCUCCGGCAGCGCCCACCUCGCCUACUCCCUCCUCCUCUCCAUGCUCCGCCGUGGCCUCCUCCCCGACCGCCGCGCCUACACCGCCGCCAUCUCCCGUCUCCGCCCCGCCCACGCGCUCCGCCUCUUCGACGCCGUUCUCCACCACCUCCGCCGCGCUCCGGACUCCAGCUCGGCGUCCUUCGCGCUCCCCGACACGGCCGCGUUCAACGCCGCGCUCAGCGCCUGCGCCGACGCCGGCGACUGCCGCCGCUUCCGCCAGCUGUUCGACGAGAUGCGCAGCUGGCCUGGCGCGGCCCCUGACGCCCUCACCUACAACGUCGCCAUCAAGAUGUGCGCGCGCGCCGGACGCCGGGACCUCGUCGCGCGCGUGCUCGAGCGGAUACUCUCCUCCGGCCUCGCCCCCUGCGCCACCACCUUCCACUCCCUCGUCGCCGCCUACGUCGGCUUCGGCGACAUCCCCACGGCGGAGAGGAUCGUGCAGGCCAUGCGGGAAGGCCGCAGCGACGUCUGCCUCCUGCUCAGGCAUGUCGCAGUGGAAGGAAACGACGAGAAGGGCAUUGCUAUCGUCGUCGACGAGCACAGCGACGUGCUCGAGGACAUCGUCGGGCCAAAGCCGGAGGAAGGCACCGAGGCGCCGUUGCUGUCGAGGACGUACCCACCCAACUCGAGGGUGUACACCACGCUGAUGAAGGGGUACAUGAACGCCGGGCGCGUGGACGACGUGGUGGCCAUGGCGCGCGCCAUGCGGCGGGAGGGGGAGACGAUGCCGGCGAGCCGGCCAGACCACGUCACGUACACGACGGUGGUAUCGACCCUCGCGGCGGCCGGCGACAUGGAGCGCGCGCACGCCGUGCUCGACGAGAUGGCGAGAGCGGGGGUCCCGGCGAGCCGGGUGACGUACAACGUGCUCAUCAAGGGGUACUGCCAGCAGCUGCAGAUGAGCAGGGCGAGGGAGCUCUUGGAGGAGAUGACGACGGACGCCGGCAUCGAGGCGGACGUGGUGACGUACAACACCCUCAUCGACGGGUGCGUCCUGAUGGACGACAGCGCCGGCGCGCUGGCCCUGUUCAACGAGAUGCGGACGCGCGGGGUCGCGCCGUCGACGGUGAGCUACACGACGCUGAUGAAGGCGUUCGCGGCGUCGGGGCAGCCCAAGGUGGCGCACAAGGUGUUCGAGGAGAUGGAGAAGGACCCGAGGGUGACGGUGGACAGGCCGGCGUGGAACAUGCUGGUGGAAGGGUACUGCCAGCAGGGGAUGCUGGAGACGGCGAAGCAGACGGUGGAGAGGAUGAAAGAGAGCGGCGUGCAGCCGGACGUGGCGACGUACGGCAGCCUGGCCAAGGGGAUCGCCGUCGCCCGGAAGCCGGGGGAGGCGCUGCUGCUGUGGAACGAGGUGAAGGAGCGGUGCGAGGCCGGCAACGGCAAGCCGGCGCUGAAGCCGGACGAGGAGCUCCUGGACGCGCUGGCGGACGUGUGCGUGCGCGGCGCCUUCUUCAAGAAGGCGCUGGAGAUCGUGGCGUGCAUGGAGGAGAACGGCAUCGCGCCCAACAAGACCAAGUACAAGAAGAUCUACAUCGAGAUGCAUUCGAGGAUGUUCACCAGCAAGCACGCGUCGCAGGCCAGGCAGGACCGCCGGAGGGAGCGCAAGCGCGCGGCGGAGGCAUUCAAGUUCUGGCUCGGCCUGCCCAACUCCUACUAUGGCAGCGAGUGGCGGAUCGGGCCCCUCGUCGGCGCCGACGAGGACAACGACGACAACCAGCUAGAGUAGAGAUCCCUCGCUCCUCCCGGAAAAGUUUUGACAAUCACAAACUCGCAAAGAGAUGCCAGUACAUAAUGCUGUUGUUUUAUCAGUUUUAUCAUAUAUCAUCAACCAUUAUUGCAUAAUGGCAGUAAGGAAAUUUUACCCUGUAUGAAUGAA